UUCAGAUUUUUUUAUUGGCAGCACCAUCCAUGACUACUUACUAUAUAACUAUACAGACAAUCAGAAUACGAUCGUUUCUUUACUCUAAUCGAUUUUCUUCUCUACUGCUGGCAGACUGUACGCUUUGUCGCGUCAUUUCCCUGAAGUCCCCGGUGGGCGGUAGAGUCUGCAAAUGAUGAAGGAGGACAAGAGUAACUCGUCUUGAAAAUCUCUUUUCUCAUCUGAUAAAAUAAUAUAAAUUGUUUGUUAGUGCUCGAUUGAAGAUUACUAUUCGAUCGAAGAUCUUUCCCGGCUAACAGGUUUUAAUAUUAAAAAAAUUAUAAAUUAAUCAAUAUGAGUAAGACACCAGUUUCAAUACUUCAAGAAAUGAUGGUGAAAAAACAAAUGAUACCGGAUUAUGAAUUAAUACAUGAUGGUGGUGGUACACAUGUAAAUACUUUCACCUAUCGUGUUACAUGUGAAGGGCUUAGCGCAACAGGUACUGGACGUAGUAAAAAAGAUGCAAAACAUGAGGCUGCCAAAGCUAUGCUUGAAAAAAUAGCAGCUCAUAGAGCUUAUCCCCAAUUGCCAGCUUCACCUGCACAGUCUCCCAUAAAAACAUGUAUACCAACCGUUAUACCAGCUUCUCCAAGAAUUCCACCAAACGAACCUUUUGUAAAUGCAAUAGGUGCUUUACAGACAUUGUGUGCAGAAAAUAAUUUGCAAGAACCAGAGUAUAUAGCUAUUAAUGAUGAAGGUCCACCACAUGCAAGAAUCUUUACUUAUCAAUGUGUUCUUUCAACAUUUAAAGAGGAAGGGAUUGCAACUACAAAGAAACAAGCAAAACAUGAAGCAGCUAAAAAAAUGUUAAAUCGUAUAAAAGAACUUGUUUCUGUUAAUUGUCCAGAGCUUUUAGGCAAUAAUGAACAAAACCAACAUAAAAUAAAUGAAAUGAUAAAUAACUCGAUUGCUGAAGCACGCUAUCCUCAGUUAAAUAAAAGUACAUCUAAGAAAGUUAAUUUAGGACUUAAAGUUUCUGGUUAUCAUACAAAAUUAAAAAAUACUUUCAUAACAAUACACCAGGAGAUUGUAACAAAGUUGGAAGCUAUUAAACCUGAUACAAGUGAUUAUGAUAUGGUAGAUACUCUUUUAGGUAAACUGCAGGAUAUUUUAACACCAUUGGCUUUACAAGUUACUGUAACACCAUUAGAUGCUAUAAGUUCAGAUAUCUUUAUAGUCAGUAUGGCAGUUGAUUCUUCUCCACGUAUUGUGCAAUGUAGUUCAGGAGCAACUAAAAAGGAAGCUGAAUAUAAAGCACUUAUUAAUUUAAUAGAUUCGCUUAUAUUGCUUUUAAAGUAAUAUAUUAUGUAUGUUUAAAGUAAUAUAUAUGUGUGUAUGUUUUAUGUAUUACUGGAACAUAUUCAUAACAAACUAAAAUUUAUCAAUUCUACUUGUCAAAGGCUGUAUACAAAAUGGAGAAAACAAAGUAGUUAACGUAGUUAACAUAUAUAGAUGUUCUUAAGAUAAAACUUAAUAUAUGGCUGUGUUACAAUUUGUAAAAAAAUGAUUACAAAGGGCACAGUAAUAAUUUAUGAAAAUAAUCAUUGUUUUACUGAAUUUUACAAAAUGUUAUUGUAACAUUUCAGUUUAAAUACUAAAGUUAUUUUCUUGCUAUUAUUUGUUAUUUUUUUAAUAAUUAUCAUUUUUAUUUGAAAGUAAUUCUUUCAAUUUCUUUUUUUUUUGUAAAAUACAAAUUUGUUAUCAAUUCUAAACAUUCUAAAAAUAUUAUUUUUUAAUAAUUUUUUGUUAACCAUUAUAAUUAACUAUUGUAAUUAAAAUAAUAAAAAUGUUUUUUUUUUUUUUUAAAUUAAAUAACAUCCGAUUGCAUAUUUGUAUUAUAUAAAUAUUUUUAUUAAUUUUAUUUAUUUAAUGUCGCAUAACAAAGCUACGCCACGUAAAGUCCAAUGACGAGGGUUGUGAUCAGUCUGAAAAUCGAUAGAACCAACAUAUUUUUGAUCUGUUCUUUGAGGUUUUCUAUAUAUAGGGCAUUCGUAAAGUUUUGGAUCUUUGCCAGCAGUCGUAUUAAUUGCAUAUAUGUAAAUUACGGGCAUUUGUUCGUAUAAGACUUUUGGUUUACUUUCUAUAAGUUUUCCAGCUCUACGAUCAAGAGAUGCACCCUCCAAGAAUAAUCCAUGCACGUAAACACCUUCUUGAGGUUGUUCUUUAAUGUCCUCUUUAUUAAAACGUGUUAUAAGAUUUUGUAACACUACCGAGUCUAGAGCCCAACCUUUGUGCGCUCUGGUGACUUCCUAAUUUAUGGAAUAUUUUUGGAGUAACAAUAAUUGUAUUUAUAUUAUUAGUAUAUAAUAUUAGUAUAUAGUAUAUUCGUCAUUAUAUUGAUAUUAAAUGUAUGUACUUGUCUCAUUGCUGUUAAAAAUCCUUGAGGAUUAAAAAAACCUGUCAUCCAAAAGAC